CUGAAUGUCAAACUUUCUUUUGCAUAACUUCGCUUCAGAAAUUUGGUUUCAACUUGUCUCAUACAAACAUACCAAGAGCAAUUUUGUUGCCAUUGAUGGCCCCGUGCAAAUAACACAUUGCGUUUCUCACUCUAUUGAUUACGCUGCAUUAUUAUUAUUACCAACCAGAAAUUUCUUCUAAUAAAAUUAAAAUUAUAAAAGCUCUUCAAAAAUUCGGUUCUGUUUCCCAUCAUUUUAUUUUCGAAUCGAUUUUUUUUUUCGAUUAUUUUUAUUGCUAUUGUUAUCUCUCCGUGGGCUAAAAAGCCCUCCCUUUCAUAACAAUCCGAUCCAUAUCAAUAAAAAUUUUAAUUUCCUGAAAUUCAGUUCAAAUCCCGCUUCUGCUUUGACUUAGUGUUAUUCUGUCCCCAAAUAAAGCAGGUUUAAAUAAGUGAGUAAAUCUGCUCCUCAGUUGACUUUUCCCUAUAUUCUUUGAAGGGGUCAACUAGUUUCAUCGGCAGCAUGGUUUACAUAAACAAGAAGCAUCGCUUCAGGCGCAAAAUAACCAAAACAAACAUCAUGUUCUACGAGCGACGCAAUACAAGGAAGCUCUGUGUGAACUUCCAACCCUCUUCCGAUGAGGAGGGGCAAAAAUCAACCCCCAAGCAGGAGGAAGGGGAGGGGGCUAAUAAGGGAAGAAGACGGAUGUCCCAACAGGAUAGCAAGGAGAAGAGGUGCAAGGGGUGCAACUACCUGGAGAAGGAGCACUUCGUGAGCUUCAAUCGACCAAAGCCCUGGUCCAAGGUGAAGACGUGGAGGAGUGACUUGCAUCUGGACAGUGUAGACUUCGGGCAGACUGGUAUCAACCGCAAGAUCAGACUGGUCGGUUGCUCGAACGAGGACAGUGCUGGGGUGGUGAGCGAGGUGGGAGGGAUUGAGAAGACUGCUCAGUUGACCAUAGUGGCCGAUGACACACACCCUCUGGUGGUGGUGGAACACUUAUUGGAUGACUGGAAACUGGACCUGCCCAACAUCUGCAUCAGUGUCAUAGGCACUACUGGGAAACACGUGGUGAUGCCUCCGCGGUACCUGGCCAGACUGAAGCAGGGAUUGUUGUCUGCCGUCAGCUCCACCUCCUGCUGGGUGCUCACAGGGGGAACGAACCAGGGAGUGGACGCCAUCGCAUGUGAUGCUCUGAAGAAUGCCCAACUGACUAGCUGGAUGGGAACCCAGGACGCCCCGGAGUUCGAGAUACUGGGAAUUGUGAACUGGAACUGCAUUUCCCAGCACCAACACAUCAGUCGCUGGGCAUUCGAUACAAACAACCAAAGCACAGCCAACAAAAAAUACAGCAAGGGUGAAAAUAACCCAAAUGAAGUGGAGCCGUUUGAGUACCACGUCAGAAAAGCCACUUUCGAUUCAACCACAGGCGAGCGAUUCCCGGCAUUCAACCCAAUGUGCUCGUUCUUCGUGGGCGUGGAGAGUGGCAUCCAGUCGAACAAGGGCGCAGAACUGUUCGUCCGCAGCUCCCUCGAGGAACUCAUUCAGGCAGACCCGAGCGACAGCCAGCAUUUCAAUGGAGUGGGUUUAAACAUCCCCACCGUCCUCAUCCUCAUUGGGGGAGACUUUGAUACUUUCGAGCGGGCAGCGAAUGCAGUGGAGAAGGAGAUCCCCAUCAUUCUGUGUGAGGGAAGUGGACUGGCCACAGACAUCAUAGCCAGUGGGAUCCGAGUCAGUCAGAAGAGUGCAGAUUUCAAGCUGAGCAAGGAGCAGGAACAGGUCCUCGUAAAACUCAUGGAGACACAACUCAGCACGAAGCCUCCCAAGGGCAAAAUCUUCCCCUCUGCCCUGUUCGAGGGGUCUCGACACCUCCCCUUCUUGCGCAAGUGUGUCAAGCACCGGAAGAUGGUCUUCUUCUACCGCAUAGACCUUUCAGUCAGUCACCUGGACGUGGCUAUAAUGAGAGCCCUGCUCAAAAGUGGUCCUGCGAGGAGGAAGGACCCCGUGCAGUUAGCAGUUCGAUGGAACAGGUGUGACGAGGUAGUCGAGGACCACUUGAAGAGUCCCCAGACGGGGCUGGGGGGUUCUAGGUUCCAGCAAUCGAGCAGAGGCAGUCCCGAUAAAAGACUGGGCAUGUUUGGGAAGACGGGGUUUGAUAUCAACGAGAAGCCUAACAUCAAAGAGCUCGUCACUCAGGCUCUAUUGGAGGACAAGCCUGAAUUCAUCAAGCUAUUUCUGGAACAUGGUCUGGAUAUCAGGAAAUACCUGACGACGAACCAGCUGGCCCAGAUCUACGAGGCUUCCUGCAGCGUGUACCCUCCACUGGUGAAGCUGCUGAAGAAGGCUCGCAAUGGAAAAGCGAAGAGCUACUUCAAGAUCAAACACGUCUACAAUCUCAUACACACCUGGACUAGUGCUAGUCUACAGCACCAGCUAAGAACCAUUCCCGACAACCGAAACACCCCUGGAAGGAGGAGCUCUGGAGAUGGGUGGAAGGGGAGAAGGGGACGGAGAAAUACAGUGCGGGAGCUGAAGACAUUUGAGGACCCCUUCAGAGAACUGUGCAUCUGGGCUAUUCUGACACACAAGAUGGAGAUGGCGCUCUUCUUCUGGUCAAGGGCAAAGUCGCCCCUGAUGAUGGCGCUGAUUGGAUCCCGACUGUGGGAGGCACACAGGAGUGCUCUUCCUCAGAGGGACGAGGAGAUCCGACUGGAGAUGGAGGCCAACUCACUCCAUUUCUCCCAGCUGGCCCAGGAGAUGAUAGAACUGAGCUGGCAAGUGAACAAACAGAUGGCCCAGCAGCUGGUCACCUACAAGUUCAGGGCUUUCGGAAGAAUCAACGUCAUGGACCUUGCCGCUUUCAUUGAAGCGAAGGAGAUCAUCGCACACCCCCUGAUGCAAGUGGCCAUAGACUACAUGUGGAAGGCAGGCAUGAGGGCCAGUCUGCAACAGGUGUUGUUCACCUUCCUCCUCCCCGUCCUGCUGCCCUUCCGAAUCCCCAUAUUCUUCCGGGAUAGUUCUGAUGCGAACCCUAAGCUAACUCAACCCUCGCCAUCAUCGUCCCCAAGUAACCAACUUGAGGAAGGAUCCCCUUCAGAUGAAACAAGCGGCGGUGGAUGCCAUGAAAUCGACGAAGAAGAGGAACAAGAGGAUGAGGACGAGGGAGAGGAAGAAACUGCGUUCCUGGAUCAGAAUCAUCAGCAACAACACACUCCCAUCAGGAAGAUGAAACCAAUGAUGCACAGACCUCCCAGCAUCAGCGAGUUCCUACAGGAGGACGAGCGAACUCAGCGUCUGUUGAAAGCGAAGCGGGAGUUGAUUCGGAAGAGUGAGGUGGCCAAAAUGGAGGCUCUGCGGAGGGAGAAGAAAAAGCUGUUGGAGACUGCCAAGGAGGGAGACGUCGACGUGUUCGCAAGGGCCGCCAUCGCUCUACGCAAGAUACAGCUUAGCCAGCGAAAAGACCACACCUCAAACGAACUCUCGGCCACAAAUCACGUGAACUCAAGCACAUCAAUCAAAGAAAAGGCGAUGAAGGAUCAGUUGCGUCGUGGUGCCAGACGAGACAGUGAGUCCGACUCCGACAGCGAGCAAGAGGGGGUAGGAGGAGAAGGUGCAGGAGAGGGGGAGGCGGGAGAGGGAGACAGUGGGGGUGAGGAGGGAGUAGAAGGGACGAAUGGGGUGCGAACUGGUACUUUGCACACUCUGGACACCAAUGAGUCGGAUAUGGGGGAGGGGGACUCGGAAGGCGAGAUGAAUGAGAACGAGAAUGAAAAUGACACUGACAUCUGCAAGUACCAGGUGCAUCAUUUGACUGACGACGAAGACUACCGGAUGCACGUUAACGAAUACAGACAGAGCAGAGAUGUCACCACGGAACAGAGUUUGGGCGGGAGCAACACGGACACCAGUCAAGACCUGGUCAGUCCCUCGUCUCUCGGUCGUCAGACUCCACAACAGCAGGGCCAUGCCCACGUCCAGCAGACACCUCGAUUCCUAUCCGUGAAUAAAAAGCCUCGACAAUCCAAGAGAGACAACAGUUUGUCGAUUCAGAUGGGCGCCCCGGGCGGAGUUGAAGACGGGGACACCAAAAAUGCACUGGUUAUGAAGGCAGCACAUUUGUUCAAGAAUAGAAGAAGCACUAUAGACCAAGGAAAAGAAGACGACAGCUCUAAGAAGGGCAAAGACAUCGAGAAAGGCGACGAGAAAGAAAAAGAAGCAAAGGAGAAGGAGGCGGCUAGACUCGAGGCACUGAAGACGAAGUGUUCCGAGUUGAAACCAGAACCAGACGAGGACUCGGAGGUUUCUGUAGUCUCUGCUGGUCAGAUGUUGAUGACAUUCUACACUUCUCCCAUCUCUAAAUUUUGCAUGCACACCAUAGCGUAUUUGGUGUUCCUCAAUCUGUUCACGAUUUCCACAUUCGAGACUGGACAAGGCAUGAGGUCCAUCUGGGGCAUAAUGAGUUUCCAGUUCAUGAUCUGCUAUGCUCUGGAGGCCUACCGGCAACUGGUCACCCAGAGGGCCAACUGGGGCAUGAAGCUGCGCAUUUGGGCCAUGAGCGAGUGGAACAUCAUAGAGCUAGUAUACCUGAGCAUGGGUCUAGUGUCCUUCCCUCUGACGUCCUGGGAGGCCACACGAAACACGGCCAUAGUGAUGAACUGUGGCAUUAACAUGCUCAUGUGGAUCCGAUUGUUGCGCUUCUACCAGUGCAGUUCCCGCCUGGGACCCAUGUGGAUCAUGAUACGCAAGAUGAUGGCCGAGACUCUAUGGUUCAUGGCCAUCAUGGUCGUUCUGCUAUUUGCCUUCGGAAUCUUCAUUUUCGCGGUCAAUGUGCCCCAAGAUAGCUACAGGGAAGCACGAUGUCUGAGCGAUCUGCACCAGGGUGAUGAGUCUACAAUGAGUUCCAGUUCUACCAUCGCUUCUCUUAUUAGUGGGGGAGGUGGGGGCAAGCACAGAUCGAGCAAGCCGACAAGCGUCGCCAGCUACAGUUCCGUGGCGCCGCAUGACAAUUCGACCUCGCCGUGUGAGAAUCUACAGCCGCUGUUCUGGGCCAAACCGUCUUACAUCUUCCUCAGACCCUAUCUCAUGUCGCUCGGCAACCAGUUCCUCGACUGGACCUUCAUGGGUCCCCAUUUCCGCUUCACGACCUGGAUGUGUUUCUUUUUUGUCGUAAUCGGAAACGCUCUCAUGUUGAACUUACUCGUUGCCAUUUAUGGUGGAAUAUUCAACGAGAUAGUUCAGAAGGCAGACAUGGAGUGGAAAACUGAGAUGUAUUGGCUCAUGAAGGACUUUAAGAGCAAGACGUUUUUGCCCCCACCUAUUUCGAUCUUUGAGACCAUCGGCUUGUGGUUGCACUUCGUCUGCAUAGAACGGAAACGACCAGUUCCUACUAAAAGUAGCGAAGAACAGGACAAAAUAGCUUCGCUGGCUAUACUGGAAAGCUACUGCGUGCAGACUGUGCUGGAUACAAGAAACAGGGAAAAGACUUCUCUAGACGUUACCAACGGGGUGAUACGGAACAGAGAGAUCAGUUGUGGAACGAUCCAGGAGAGUAUCCAGAACGUGCACGAGCUUCGCACUGAGCUCUCGAAUCGAAAGCACGAGCGAGAGGAGAAGCGGAGAGAGAGACGAAGAAUCACUGCCAAGAAAACUUAAAUACUUUCGUCACACGAAGUCACAACGAACAAUUAAAUCUACCAGGAGUAGGGUAGGGUAGGGUAG